CCCCCCUGUGGAAUCGCGAGGCGCCAUGUGGCGAGGGAGCCUCUGCCUGCGGCUGUUGCAGACUCUGAAGUCUCCGGGAAGCGUUGCUGCGACCGGAAGCGCCAAAGGUGUCCAAGGAUGGGUUGAUGCCAUGACCCGAAGGGCCGCAGCGGCUUCCGUCUUUCCUUCGUGGAUGUCCUGGGUAGGAUUACGAACGUUUAGCACCGUAGGGAAAUCUGAGCUGUGGGAUAGAGAAGAAGGAGCCGGAGCGGAGUUUCAAAACUUGCAAGAAGCGGAUAGAGAUGGGCAGGAAUCGAGCAUCAGUUCAGAUCCUGUUCCUUCAGUAUUCAGCAUUGAUGAUAUGAUAUCACUUAUGAGACAAGAAAAUGCCAAAGAUAUUUGUGUUAUCAAUUUGCCUCCAGAAAUAAAAUACAGCAAUUAUUUUAUAAUUUCCAGUGGAUCUUCUACAAGACAUCUUCAUGCCAUGGCACAAUAUUUGGUAAAAAUGUACAAGCAUAAGAAGAACGAUACUGAUCCUCAUGUUGUGAUAGAAGGAAAAGAGACUGAUGACUGGCUAUGCGUUGAUUUUGGCAACAUCGUAGUCCAUUUCAUGUUGCCAGAGACACGAGAAAUCUACGAGUUGGAAAAGUUGUGGACACUCCGCUCUCAUGAUGAUCAGUUGACACAGAUGGUUUCAGAAACUUUACCUGAUGACUUUGUGUUUGAGCUAGAUUCGAAACAGCAGUGAUUCAACCUCACAUCGAAGGAUCAGAAAGAACUUUGCCCAGUGGCUCGCAGUGGUCCACUUGAGUCACUGAGCCAAUUCUUGGGAAGACGACGACGAAAUGGAGCACAUCAAGCUGCAACUAUGAAGUGUCAGCAUUAGGCAGUAUUGAUAAGUACAGGUAGUCCUUGACUUAGAACCAUUCAUUUAGUGAUGAAUGGAACUUUGAAAAGUGACUUACAACUGUUUUUCACAACUGUUGCAGCAUCCCCAUGGUCACAGGAACAAAAUUUGAAUACAUGGCAAUUGAUUCGGGUUUGACGGUUGCAAUGUCCCAGGAUCAUGUGAUCAUCUUUUGCAACCUUCUGACAAGCAAAGUUAAUGGGAAGCCAGAUUCAUGUAAAAACCCUGUUACUAACUUAACUACUGCAGUG